UUUGGGUAAAUAGAAUUUUUAAAAUCAGGAACUGAUUAUCAGCUUUGUCCAAGUUUAAUAAUUUAAUUUGUUGUAUUUUUUAUUGAAAUUUGUUAUUGGUGGAAUUAAAAGAAAUUUUGAAAAAUGAAAUUGCUGCUAUUGUUUGCUUUGGUGAUGUUCGUUCAAGCGGAAGUGGAAAAUCAAAAUAUAACAGAAACUGGAUUUAAAAGCUUUCCAUUCAAUAAAAUAUUUUCAAAAGGGGGUGCGGGUGAAAUAAAUAAAACCGAAGAGACUACAACACGUGACCCAAAUAUAGUGGUUGCACCACCAAAAAAAGAAAAUGGUCGUUUGUCUGGAAUAGGUCGUGAAAUUGUAAAAGCAACAGGACAUGGAAUAUCAUCAGUAGGAAGUGCAGUAGGAAGCGGAAUAUCUUCGGCAAUAAAGGCAGGCACUAAAUACAUACCAUCAUCAAAUACCGGUGGUUUCGAUCAAUUUAUUGGUAAAAUUCCUGGUGCACAUGCGCUUGGAAAAGCUAAGGAUGAAGUUUUGAGUCGGGCUCGUUCAAUUUAUCCAGGAACUAAGUGGUGUGGAGGCGGUAAUAUUAGUAAAUCUGAUAACGAUUUGGGUUUGUUUGCCGAUACUGAUGUUUGUUGUCGAGAACAUGAUAUGUGUCCAAGUAAUAUGGACGCCGGUGCAACUAAGCAUGGUCUUUACAAUACUGGACUUUUUACACGAUCCCAUUGUGAUUGCGAUACUAAAUUUUAUGACUGUUUAUUAAAUAAUUCCAAAUUUUCAAUACCGUCAUCACAAUUGGGUGUUACAUAUUUUAACAUUCUUGGACCUCAAUGUUACAAAGAAGAAUACCCAAUCAAAGGCUGUUUACAAUUCGUUGUAACAGAAAGUAAUUUAACAAAGUGUACAGAAUAUGAGCUUGAUACGACAUUGACACCAAUUUUCCAAUGGUUCGAUAAUAAAAUAUUUUGGGGUGUUCCUUUAAUUAAUGGAUAAAUUAA